AUGAUUAUUGAAGAUUUUACUCAAAAAAAAUUACAACAAGCAAAUUGUUCUUAUAUAUUAAUUGAAGAUUUAGACCAAGAAAGUUAUAUAUUAACUAAUAAUCAAUCUCAUGCAAGCUUUGAUAACUAUAAACAAUUAUGUAAUAAAGCAGUACAACAA